ACCCAAGAAGGUACAAAGAGCGUCCUUUCCUACACGCCCAUGUCAGAACGGGACUACGGUACGCUUCUCUGCUACGCCUACAACCUCGUGGGACGCCAGACCGAACCCUGUUCCUUCACUAUAAUAUCGGCAGGACCUCCUGAACAAGUAACCAACUGUAAGGUAGAUAAUGUGACGUCACACUCAGCUGGGAUCACCUGUCAUGCUGCCUUUGACGGCGGUUUACCCCAGCGCUUUCUUCUGCAGGUGUGGGAAGUGAAUUCAUCCAUGCUGGUGCUGAACAUCUCGUCGGCGAGUCCAGUGUUCAACGCCAGACCACUUGAACCCGACCACACGUACAGCGCUUCGGUCGUGGCGAUGAACAGCCGGGGCCUCAGUCCUCCCAGCCGGCUGCUCAUCCUCACGCUCAAGGAGGCGGAGAUGCAUAAAAGUCUCCCUUCCAUGGUUGAGCCCGCCCCCUUAGUCGUGGUGAUGGGCGUGGGUGCGGGCGUUCUCUUGGUGGUGGGCGUGUUGGUGCUGACCGUCUGGUGUGUCAAGGAGAGGACUUCCCACGCCCACGGAAGCCCGACGGUCACUCAGGUCGUCUUGAAUGACAACAAUCCUGACCUUCUGAGCGUGGAGGCCGCGGACGAGAGCAAGGGCAUCCUGGGCAACGGGUCGGUGAUGGUGACGUCGUACCACACGAAGGACCACAGCCCCGCCGUCAGCACGACCAUCCACUCGAGGGAGCUCCAGCAAGGGGGCCACCAAAGACUCUUGCUGUAGAUCUCUGAUAUUCAAGAUACAUGCUGACACAGAGCGCCACGAGAACGGUCGACACAGGAGAAGGCUCAAGACGGAGAAGAGGAAAUCAGGAACCUUCAAGGAUGCCAAGACGACCAACUCUUUAAGGCGGUACAGUUUUGGAACCAAAGAGCCUCAUGAUCCGAGUCAGUUCAGAAGGAACACAUUGAGAUGACUGGAAAGGGUGAACAAAGUGAACAGGAACACUUUUUUCUUGAAUAAAUGAUAACAGUGAUGAUAAAGUAAAAGUGGGUUUCAAGAAAAAAAGGUAAAGGUUUGACCUCGAAAAGGUGACGGGUUAUAAGCAAAGGAUUAUAGGCCAGAGACGAGAGGAAAGUUCUUGAAUUGAGGCAAGGGAUAAGAUGUUACGGUGACAAACACGUCUUGAAGCGGGCGAAGAUCCCGUCGGAAUGAACAUGGAGAAGAAAAAAAAUCGCGAGGAAAACAGAUGCAUAACAGACCGGUUGGUGAAGGAAACCUGAAACGCGAGAGAGGUUUUUCCUGCAGGCCAAAAUAUUCAUUGCUUCAAGAGAAGGAAUGAGCGAGUGAGUGCAUCGUUCGCGGCAGAUCCUGACUGACAUAUCAGCAUCCAGGCGUCAAGAUCAAACACAUGGCAACCUUUGGAAUACAGAAAUAAAAUAGUGUGUGUCUUUAUCAAAGUUACCCCUCAAAAAAUGCGUGUGUGGGACGACUAUUUUCUGCGAACAAAGAAAACGGGAAGUGGCUACAGUGUCUGCAGGUUUAUUCUUAAAGACUGCUAUCUUCCGCUAAGCUGUUUCUUCAAGAAAUAUGUAACCCUACUUAUCUAUAUUUAACAUAUAUGGCUAUAAUCAAUGUACAUAAUGUUGUCAGUGAUUUUAAUCUAUUGUCUGUUCCUUCAUUUCGAAUUUCUAUUGUCAAAUGGCUUUAAAAAAAUGUAAAAAAAAAAAAAAAAAUAUGUCGGGUGGUUGCCUGCUGUUGUCCAAGCCUAGACGUUAGGCAGCCAAGAGUUGUUCGUAAACUGAUCUAUAUGAAUGGAAAAUGCCAGAAUGUUGACUGUUUUUAUUGUAUUUUUCUAUGUUUUCUACUGUGCCAAAAUAAAAUUUCUCAAGGAAUAUAUGUAAGUUUUAUAAAUAAAAUGA